AUGAGCGGCGCGGUCCAAGACAAACUUUCUCCCAACCACAUCUUUCGCUUUCUCAUGCCGGACAUGAAGAUCAAACCAUCCUUCCUAAAAUCUAUAUUACUCAAGCGAAAGAAGAAGAAGCAAUCUAAGGCCUCGUCUGCGGCCUCUUCUGCGUCCAAUCUAACGACGCCCAUGUGCGAGACGCCCAUUGUUGCUAGUGAAGCGCCCACCGACACCGUCGAAAUAUCGCCAGCUCCAUCAGUAGCCGUAGAAGAGGCAUCCGAAACAGCAUCUACUAAAGUGUCUGAAGAGUCAGAAGGGGAGAAGCUCCAGAAGAAACUCAACGAAAAUCAUCAAAAGCUGCUUAAAUGGUUGGACCCCAUCAUAACCGUUGUGCAACUGGGCAAGGAAGCCGGUGAAGCACAUAGUACGGUUGCGCCACUCAAGGCAGCAUGCGGUAUCACUCUUGUUGCCCUCAAUAGCGUUCGCAGUACCUUGGAGCAUCACUACACUUUUCUCGAAACGGAGCAAAAGAAGGUUGAGAAAGCAUCCGACAGCGACUUUGGGAAUAUCGACGACCCUACUUUCAAAAAAGCACUUGAAACCUAUGUAGACGAGGCGCACAGAUUAUACGGGGCAAAGCCAAAGACUUGGGUCAAGCAAGCAGGAAAAGCCCAAUCGGAAGCGGAGACAAUACAAGACCUGACUGAUGAAUUAAACCGAGGCUGGGAACUACUGAGGGCCCGUGUCCUUUUCUCCGUUCGUGAUGUAUUGAACCGCGCCGAAAGCCAUAUUAUCCAAAUGAGUGAGGGAGUCAUGGAGGGCACUCGAGUUCAGCUGCUAGCGCAAAUCUCGACAUGGGCGGAUGACGCAGAUUCGCCCCAAAUAUUCUGGCUUUGCGACCAGCCCGGGUCUGGUAAAUCCACAGUUGCCGCGCAUAUGGCAAAUGUUUGGAAGAAGGAUCGCCUAGCUGCUCGCUUCUUCUUCUGCCCAGACCAACAGGAAACACGUCGAGUGGACCGCUUUGUGGCGACCAUCGCCAAACAGAUCUAUGGUAGCCAUCGGAGAUCAGCCCAGUAUCUUGUCACCGCUCUGGACAAGGUACGAGACCUAAGUGGCCCCUCCUUUGCCGAUGCAUUCAAAGUGCUGGUGAGCGAUCUUGUCGAAUUUCUCAGCAAAGCUCCUGCAGGCGUUUCCGGGGCUAGCGAGUCAUCUAAUGUUCAAAUGCCACCUCUACUCUUGGUCAUCGACAGCAUUGACCAGUGCGAGGAAUGGGAUCGUCGAUGGCUACUCGAUGCUCUUACCCACUACCUCCCAUCAAAAUCUGCUCUGAAAGUACUCGUGACGAGUACUUCCUUACCAGACAUCAAGAAGGCUUUUGAUGACCCGACUCUGGUGCACCUCUGCCAAGAUGUUUUGACGUUCCCGCCCAGUGAUGGCCAGGACGAUAUCGCAUUCUACAUCCGAAACCGACUGAACAAGCUCAGACGCGAAGACCAUGACCUUGUGGUCAAGUAUGCACACAAUCUCUUCCAGAGAGCCUUCGUUGCAUGCACGCAUCUCGAAAAGACUUUUAAUACUCCAGCUAUCCUGGCCAAGCUAGGCGCCAUGGACAAGGACGAUUCUUUCCGCCCUAUGUAUCAAGCAACAAUCGAGGCGGCCUUACCAGAUGAGGAUUCCCUCAUAGCGAUGAAGCAAGUUCUCCAGGGAAUAGCCCUUCCUUACCGACCAGUCUCCCCGGCCGUGAUUGAAUCGUUCUUUCGCCCUCCAGAAGAAGCUGGAUACGUUCCGGAUUAUGUCAGCCGGCUCCUAACCUCAUUGCGAAGCGUCGUAUUCCACUCUCCAAAAGAAUUGUAUAGACCCAUUCACAUCCUGCAUCCUACUUUUACCGAGUUCCUCAAGACAAUCGACCGUGACGAAAAAUUCUCAAUUAUUCCUUGGGCCGGCCACGCAAAUAUUGCCAGAGUGUGCAUAGAGCUCCUCCAAUCCCUUCCAAGCAACCCUCCAAACCCGCCUUCCUUGAGACCAUCGUCUACCUUCGAGCCGCUGUUACCCAGUUCCCUUCCACCCUCCGUCGCUUCCGUUUUGAACGACAACCGCCACGCCACACUUCGUUAUGGAAUAGCAUUUUGGACGCGUCAUGCUGCUGAAGGCUUACUUGACGAUGAGCUUCGUUUACAGUUGGUGCCGCUAUUCCAAAGUAAAACUCUUGACUGGAUAUACCACGCUGCACAACUACGGGAGCUCAGCGAAUGUAUUGAAGGGAUGCAACUUCUAAAGAAAAAAUUAGAGACCCAACAACGUCUGUCCUAUGCCCCCGAAGCACUCUCUUGGUCCAAUGACAUCAUAGAGUUCCUGCAGGAUCACAUGAAGAUGUUGGAGGAAUGUCCGUCGGAAACCUAUCGCUCAGCACUCCUUUUCCUGAGCCCUACCUCCUCGAUCUUCCGAACGUAUCGAGCAACACUCUUACGAUAUCUCCCUACUCAACUAUACGAUGAUCGUGUCUUGAAUUCCAGUCUCCAGUCUCCCCUGACCUCGCUCCAAUUCUCUCCUAAUGGAAGAUUUGUUGUAAGUGUCUCUUCGGAUGGACAAGGCCAUCUUUGGGAUGCACACAAUAGCGCACUCAUCCAAAAACUCGGACAUCACGAGAAUACCGCUAUUAGCUGCAUGGCCUGGUCUAAUAAUUCCAGGUUGCUUGCAAUGGGUUCCUCUGAAGGCAAUGUCUACGUAUGGGAACUCUCCGUUCACGGCCCACUGAAUAAUCGACCCAUGGUCCUCGAAGCAGACUCUAUUGUGAUCAAGUGCCUCGCGUUCUCGGCUUCGAGGUCCCUCCUAGUCUGUGGCGGGGAAGACGGGUCACUAGUUCUAUGGAAGCUCGAGAAUCAAAGAUGGACGAUGCAAUUACACUGGGGCACCGGAUCGGCCAUUAAGACCCUGUCGCUCACUCAUACUGGAGAUAGACUUGUCUGUCUCGAUGAGUCGGGGUUUCUUAGGCUCUAUAACCUUGAGAACCUGGAUACCUUAACCGAAGUCGUUUUGACGAGUCGAGGUCGAUCUGAUGGGCCCAGCUAUCUCUCAUUUUCGACAGAUGGCCGGACUCUGGCGGUUUACGUCGAUGGAACAUUGAGCGUGCUCGAUGUUCUCAACGACAUGAAGCAGUUUAUGUCUCUACAGGGACAUGCUUGCUCACCAUACUUUGCGACUCGAAACGGACUGGAAUACCUUUACUGGGAUCGGUGGAUCCUCGAUUUCAACCGCAUUUCAAGAGACGAUCUAGUCCAAGAGGAGAAUGGCAUAGAUUAUUUGGUUACGGCGUCUUCGGACCCGAUCAGGGUACCAUUGGUCUAUCUCGAAGAGAAUAUGACCACUGUUAGGGCCUACAGAGCUGAGGACCCUCUCAUGGCGGUUCCCUCAAGUUGGAGGGUCCGAUGCUGGGCGGCAUUUCAGCAACGGAUCGCAUUUGGUUUAGAGAACGGUCAGGUGGCUAUAAUGGACGUUGAGCAGGAUGAACUAGAUGGUGCAUCCAUAUACUCAACUGCUUCAGAGGGAGCUGUUUGA